GAAGAUCCUCGCACUCUGGAGCCGGAGCCCGAGCGUAGCCGCGGCGAAGCCAAAGCGGAGCCGGAGGCGGAGCGAAGGCGGAGCGGAGGCGGAGCGAGGGUGGAGCGCAGGUGCAGCGAUGGUGGAGCGGAGGCGGAGCGGAGGCGGAGCGAAGGCGGAGCGAAGGCGCAGCGCAGGCGCAGCGAAGGCGGAGCGCAGGCGGAGCGGAGGCCGAGCGGCGCUCGGCUCCGCUCCGGCUCCGCUCCGACUCCGCUCCGGCUCCGCUCCGGCUCAGCUCCGGCUCCGCUCCGGCUCCGCUCCGGCUCCGCUGCGGCACUCAGCUCCGGCUCCGCUUCGGCUCCGCUCCGG